AUGGAUUUGAACGGCGGUGAUCGGUUUGCGAAACUGGAAGAGAAUUUGGAAGAACUGAUCGAAAACAUCCGUCAAACAUCAAUAAUAGUCUCCGAUUUCCAACCUCAAGGUCAGAACAAUUUAAACCAGAAAAUACACAGCAUAGUUCAUAACCUGCAAGAGAUCGACAGAUGUAAAAACCAGUUCUCAGACGUGACUGUUCCUGUUAGUGUGUUGCAAUAUAUUGAUCAGGGAACUAACCCGCAACUAUACAGCAAAGACUUGAUGGAAAGAGCUUUAGAGAAAAAUGAGCAAGUGAAAGGCAAGAUUGAAGUGUAUAAGAAGUUUCACCAAUGUCUGACAGAUGAAAUGGCCAAAACUUUUCCAGAUGUGUUCGAGUUCUACAUGAAAACUAGAAAUCCUCAAAACUUCACUUGA